AUGCGAACCGUGUCAAAUGCCUGUGAUCCGGAAGAGAUCUUUUCCGAAUCCCUUCGCUAUCGUCUGCAUUCUGCACUCGUUUCACUUGCCACAAAAUCGGCUAAACACGAUCAGACCUAUUGUAGCCGCCAAGGAAUUGAUGGCGUUAUGGUCAUAAUGAAGCAGGGUACACAGGCUCUUGCCGAUCAGCUCAAACAGAAGUGGGCCAACGACCCGCAAUGCCAGAACCUGGUCGUGUUUCUGUACUCGGACGCCGACCGGAAGUUGUACAUGUCCGGGGAGGCGAAAUCGGGAUUGUCCCAAUCCGACUUUGACGCCGCGCUGAACGCCCAUAUUCAGCAACUCCAACACCCAUCAGAUUCCAAUGAAGCCGCCAUUGCGAUUGCUGGGGUUUUGAAAGAUAUCGGUGACAAAAAAUGGGCCGACUACGGCGGAAGCCAUCCCUCCCAACCGCGUCAGCCCACCCGAGCCGGCUCAACGAUUUUCAUGCCUAUUAAUGUGUUCUCGUCUCUAAAAAUGGGGAUGCGACUGCUUUUCCACAUUGAUCCGAAGGAUCGCCCGAAUUUUGACGAGGUCUUGCUGAAGAAUUUGGUGUCGCAGAUCGCGGGUAGAAAGGUGGCCGUCAUCUCGGUAGUAGGAGGUUUUCGCGAGGGAAAGUCAUUUUUUGACAACAUCUUGCUAAAAGCCCUGCAAGCCGGAAAGGCCGCCUUCCGUCCUGAUGAAAUCAUUGGAGGCACCGCCGGGAUCGAGUUCAAAAACGGUCCAGAGCGCCACACGAUUGGGAUACAAGUCUGGGAUCAGAUUUUUGUGAGAAAGGACACUUCCGGUAAUGAGGUAGCAGUGCUGCUACUGGAUACCCAAGGGAUGUUCGACACGCAGAGCCAGCUAAAGCACUCCACCAUCAUUUUCAUGAUUUCGCUGAUGUUAUCGUCGCAUUUUAUCUUCAACAAAAAUGGCUACCUCAACGCCCAUGAUCUCGUCGAUAUGAACGUCUUUGUCGAAAUGAGCCAGACGGGGAAGCAGAAAGUUGGACAGCAUCUGUAUUUUCUGAUGCGAAACUGGGGCGGUGAUGGUGACGGAUUCGCUCCGCAAUACCUGGAGCAAAUUCGGAACGCCUCCAGCCGGACCGACGACCUGAAGGACAAGAUUUCCGGGGUCUUCCAGGCGUUUGAUAGGGUUGAAUGCUACACAGUUCCGGCUCCCGGUGGAGCAGUUACGCGAGCUAAUGGAUCGAUUAAAGCUUCAGAUUGCGACCAGGAUUUCCUCAACCAUCUCUGCCAGUUCGCCAACCACGUCGUCGCGAAUGUCGAGCCCCGACGAGUUCUGGGAGCUCAAUUAGCCGGAGGAGCUUUUGAAGCUUAUGUCAAGAACGUACUCAACCACGUGACGGCCAACAGCGCACUUUGCGUCAACAACGCUUUGCAGGCUACGAUCGACUAUAGUCUACGUUUGGCAAAGGACAAGGCAAUGGCCCAGUUCAAUGCUCAGCUGCCUACAGCCAUCGCACUAAUGGGAGGCGACGGCACCGCUGAGACCACACUUAACGCCAGACUCGCCACAAUUUGCACCGAGGCCCAAAAGAUCUACGAGGCUCAACCCCUUAUCGGCGGUCCGACAGAAAAAGCGGCUAGCCUGGCGGCACUGAAAAAGGAAUUUGAGCACAAAUGCAACGAGAUAAGGGCGCAGAAUAGCGAGAAGCGUCGCCAGCAUGAGCAGCGGGAAGCCACCAGGAAGCAGUUGGAAGCGCUCGAGAUACAGCGAAAGCAGGAAAAAGACCGCGCCGAUGCGGAGCGGAAACGCGCUGAACAAGCGCUGCUAGAAAAACGUCAGACCGAAGAAAGGCUCGAGAGGGAACGACGUGAAGCCACGGAGCGUCAGAUGCAACAACUCCGCGACAUGCAACUUCGCGAGCGAGAGAUGCGCCAAGAACAGUUGCAAAUGUUCAUGAUGCAGCAGCGCCUAUGUCAACCAGUUUAUGCCAACUGGGGUGGAGGUUAUGAGCCCGAAGAACCGGUGCGCAGAGGGCCGGGUCGUCCGCCGGGCAGUAAGAACAAGCCGAAAGUGGAUCCGCCUAAACGCGGUCCUGGUCGCCCACCAGGCAGCAAGAACAAGCCAAAG